AAUUCGGGGGCAGUGCGGCGCAGAGCAUAAAACAGCAGUGGGAUAUCGAUAUUUCAUCUUUCACUCAAAGUUUCAACGGCCAAAAAGCACGGAGACGUAUUCUCCGUGCUCACCUAGAUUCGGAUUCUUGCGCAUGGCGGCGGCUUCUCUCUUCACUCAUUUUGGGAUGCAAUGUCACCUUCACAAUCUUCUUUACUGAACCACAAGAGCUUUUAGAAAGGGAAAGAGGUUGUUACUUGGAAAAGAAUGAGAAACAAUAUAGUCAUGCAAGAACACUUGAAAGAUUUGCCUCAGUCAUCUUCCUAUGAAUCUGCUAUGGAAGCACUUUCCUCCUUGAUAAAGCAGAAAAGACGUGGAGAAAAGGUUCUUGGAACCAGUAAUGAUGAGAAAUUAGAGAUGAUGAGAAAGUAUGUUGAGAUUCUAGACCUUGAACAAGGUGUCAGGAAACUCAAAAUUAUUCACGUUGCUGGAACUAAGGGGAAGGGUUCCACGUGCACCUUUUGUGAAGCAAUUUUACGGGAAUGUGGUCUUCGAACUGGACUCUUCACUUCCCCUCAUCUCAUUGAUGUGCGUGAAAGAUUUCGCAUAAAUGGGUUGGAUAUAUCAGAAGAUAAAUUUCUGCAGUACUUCUGGGCCUGCUGGAUACAACUGAAGGAAAAUGUUACAGAGUAUCUACCAAUGCCUGCACUAUUUCAAUUUCUAACAUUAUUGGCUUUUACAAUAUUCUCAGAUGAACAGGUUGAUGUUGCAAUUAUUGAAGUUGGUCUUGGGGGAAUGUACGAUUCAACGAAUGUGAUCAAAGAGCCUGUAGUCUGUGGCAUCACUUCUCUUGGGAUGGACCACAUGGAGACAUUAGGAAAUUCGCUUGGGAUGAUUGCUUCGCACAAGGCUGGAAUUCUAAAGCCUCAAGUACCUGCGUUCACAGUACCGCAGCUUCCAGAAGCAAUGGAUGUUAUCCAGAAGAAGGCACGUGCGUUGAUGAUCCCGUUAGAGGUAGCUGAACCUCUUGAUCAUAAAAGGCUAGAUGGAUUGAAGCUUGGCAUGUCUGGUGAUCAUCAGUUAGUUAAUUCUGGUCUUGCUGUUUCCCUUUGUAAAUGUUGGCUCCAGAGGACUGGAAACUGGCAAAGGAUAUUCCAAAAUGGUUUCAAAGUGGCCAACAUGCCAGAUGCAUUUCUUAGAGGUCUUGCAACUGCGAAUCUUUCUGGGAGAGCACAGAUAGUUUAUGAUCGUUAUGCAUCAUCACAUAAUUCAACAAUGGAAUCUGAGAACUCAAAUGGAGAUUUAGUAUUCUAUUUGGAUGGAGCUCAUAGUCCAGAAAGCAUGGAGGCUUGUGCUAAUUGGUUCUCCAGUGUCGUGAAGGGCAAUCAUAAGUCGCCACAUUGUUUUAUGGCUAAAAAUAUUGACAGGGAUUCAGAAAAUGAUGACCUUGUAAAAGUCAUGCAGGAAGCCGAGUCCAAAAAGGUAUCAAAGCAGAUUCUCCUAUUCAAUUGCAUGGAAGUGAGAGACCCUCAAAUCUUACUUCCGCGACUUGUGAAUACAUGUGCUUCCUCAGGUGUUAAUUUUUCGAAAGCCCUUUUUGUCCCUAGCAUGUCAACAUAUACCAAAGUUACUUCCAGUAAUUCAGUAAGUUCAUCAGAUAUCAUGAGCAAGGACUUGUCAUGGCAAUUCAACCUCCAGAGAAUUUGGGAGAAGAUUAUGCAUGGGAAGGAACCGGAUGCAGUAUCUGACAAGGAUCUUAAACUAGACAGCGAGCGGAUGUUGUCUCAUCUGUAUGAAGAUUCACACUCAAGCCUUUCAGAUAACAACUUUGGUGACAGCGCAGUGAUGCCUUCAUUGCCAUUGGCGAUAAAAUGGCUGCGAGAUUGUGUUAGAGAAUCCCCAUCCGUUAGACUACAGGUUCUUGUGACUGGAUCACUUCAUAUGGUAGGAGAUGUGCUGAAGCUACUAAGAAGGUGAUGUUGGGUGUGGCUGCCUGCCUGUUGGGGUUGCUUCAAAACUCUUCUUUUGUUCAAUCACUUCCCAUUGGUAUAAUCUCACUUUUCAUUAUUUGUCAUUCCAUUCAUGCCUCAAUAAAUUAAUGAUAUGCUAAUUUUUAAGCUAUUUUUUUCUGGUAGUAUUUUUUUUUUCUUUUGGUGUUUAUCUUCUUGUAUUCUUUUUAAGUUGAAGUUCGUGGCUUAUCAUUUGCUUUUAGUACCAAA